AGUGCAAUUAUCGUAACACGGUUGCGUCCUACAGAAAUUUUUACAAACAAUUCUGUUUUUUUACCGAUUUAAGACCAGUUUUAAUCUUAAUAGACGACUCAGUGUUUUCUCCUGUUAUUCUCACCGACAUAAGUCAAUUUUAUCCGCGAUGGCCUCAGAAGUUCGAGACGAUCUUCACCUGACAUCGACAGGAAAAGGACAUUACUAUAGGUCUCCACACGGUUUCCCACCUCAAGGAUUCCGCAGAACUGUUUAUGAUGUGUUACCACCUGUCCUCACAAACCCAGAUUACGUUACUGAUAGGGAAAACUUUCAAACAACCACUGGUACAACUCAUGACUACAAGGCACAUGGUGGAACUCUGAGUAACUCACAGUUCAAGAAGGCUCCAGGAUCAUGGAAAGUUCAUUAUGUAGAAGAUAAUAUUGGAAAGUUGAGUGUGAAGCCCUGGAGAAGACCUCUAACAAUGGGAAACCAGUGCAGUGAAAUGAUGUCUCAGUACACAGGGAGACCAGGAGUUAAUCUUGACACUGUUUAUAAUGCAGGGAUACAACCAUUUAACCUUGCUGAUCACCACAGGGAGGGAAACAGUAAGGAUCUGGUACCAUCAACAAUAAACAGAGGGAUAACAGGGCAGAAGUUUUACCCCAGGGACAGAGGUGUACUGACUUACCACAUGGAUCCUUAUCUUACUACAACACAGAGAGAUCACAGAGCAUUCACUAAGCAUGAAUUGGGACGUUACCCAGCCAAAGAUUAUGCAACUUAUUGGGAAUGCGAAGAGUACACAAAAGCCUGGGGUCAUGGCUCAAAAGAAAAUCCUCUACCCCUAAAUUCAGUCCCCAGAGAAAAAGGACCCAUGAGGGACCGUAUCUGGUUCAGAGAACCAACCACUAUCCCCAGGCUACCAAAGUCACUGGAGCCUGUACCAAAUAAGGGAAUGAAGACACUGAUGAGUGAGUCCUACACCAUGCCUCCUGAGAGGAAAAGAUGGGAAUUAUUUACCUUAAAUGUACCAAAACCUUGGCAUGCACCUCUUGAAAGCCCAGGCCCUGGAGAGACGUUCCGAGUUCCACGGAUGUACAACACUGAAUACCAAUUCUAUGGCAGUGAAAAACCAGUCACAAUAUGAGGAAAUAUCAUGCACUUUUAAGAAUUUUCUUAAAACAUCACAUUUGAUAAGCAUUCUAUAAUAUUACUCUAAACUAUUUUUUUCUUUCAAAAAUGUGAGAGAAUGGAAUGUUAUAUAAUUCUGGAACAAUCUUAAACAACAUACAUGAAGUUUUCACUUCUUUUCUUAAACUGAACAGCAUUCAAUAAGGUAAACAUUCAAACGAACAUGGUCUUUCCAAAACAAGAUGAUUGUUUGCCUUGAUAUCUCUUGUGGAUUGUUCUUUAUUGCAUUAUGUGUAGAACAAUAUUUAAUCAUUCUUUUAUUGCAAAAUAAUUUCAAACAAAAGGAAAACAGUAUAACUUAGAUUGAUUAAGAAGGCUUUGUUGUGUAGUAUCUCAUCUUGUGUUAAUCAGUAGUAAUCUUCUCUAUGCUUCUUGGUCAGAAAUCUCAUUGGACAGUGUGUACCUCAAAGUGGUCACUUGGUAAAUAACAGUUUAUUUUAUUACCAAGCUUAUAUGUAGUUCAGUAAAAAGGAAUUAUGUUUUGUAAAUAUUUACAAGGAGAGGAGAAGAAAUAAAAAAUUCAAAGUAACA